AUGAACGAUGCGGCGGACGGGGCCAGCUUGGCGAAGCUGGCCGAGCUGCUGCGGCACCCCGAGGACCUAGACAAGAUAGGCAGCUUGAAGGCCGAGUUCACGCGCAAGAAGGCCGCGGUGGACGCGCAGCUGCGGCACGGGCUGGAGGAGCAGCUGAAGAUCACGCAGGCCGGCAUGAGCAGCAUCAGCGAGGGCCAGCGCACCGUCAACGCCAUCAAGGAUGAGAUGAUGACCAUCGACCGCCUGUGCGCCGAGGCCCAGCAGAUGAUCCGCGACUUCCCCCACAUCAACCUCGUCGCCCAGACCCACCGUAACUUCGAGGCUGUGCAGAAGAUGAAGAAGGACAUCGACGGCUUCGAGCAGCAGUUGGGCGAGCUCGAGAUGCUGCUGGACGAGGACGAGCAGGACCCGGAGAACCAACCGAACCUGCUGCAGGUCCACUACGGCCUCAGCAAGCUGAGGAAUAUCAGGGAUGCGGCCAUGGACCAGAUCAAGAACUCUGAGGAUGAGACGCUGAGCUUGGAGCUGGUGAAUAAUUUACAGCUUGAUUCGGGUGCGACGCUGCAGGACUAUUUCGACCGCCUCGACCGUGUUAUCGAACUGUUUGACGAGCACGUUGGACUUGCUUGCAUGAACUUAAUUCCUCUGGUGCAGACUGGGAACAACGGCAUGGUGGUGCGGCUGGCGUUGAUCAUUGAAGAGGAAGAGAAGGUCGACAAGAAGGUCCAGGCAUUACAGGAUGCGCAGAGAGAAUACAAGGAACUGGCAUCACGAUUCAAGUCUAUCGCCACUGGACCAAAGGAGCUUCGCGGGUAUAAAGAGAAGUUCCUCAAGGCCAUCGAGCUGGCAGCACAGUCUAAGAUCGAGGAAGCGAACGAAGCAUUCAUGGAAGACCCGGACAGGCUGGAGAAGAGUGUUCGUUGGUACUUCAACGAUUUGAACACGGUCAAGCUCGGCAUGGUGAACCUGAUGCCGCGCAAGUGGCGAGUGUUCAAGACAUAUGUCAGUAUCUACCACAAGCUGAUGCAUGAUUGGCUGGUAGGGCAUAUUGACGACCCGGACCUCAAGCCCAUCGAGAUGCUGGCCAUCGUGCAAUGGGAGGAAAAGUAUUACAAGAAGAUGAACAAGCUGGGCGUGCCGGAGGAGGACCUGACGCCGCACUUGCUCGACAACCGCGGGGCGGAGCUCGUGCGCGAGUACCGCCAGCUCAUUAUCAAGGCCGUCGAGGAGUGGAUGUCGCGCAUGUCGCAGACGGACAAAUCGGAAUUCCUCACGCGCUCCGAGAACUCGCUCGACACGGACAUCAACGGCUGCUUUCGUACCAAGACGCUGGGCGACAUGUGGUCGAUGUUGCGCGAGCAGCUCGCCGUCGCCGGCAACAGCAACCGUCACGAUGUGGCCGAGGGCGUCAUCGACGCCAUGUUCAAGGCGCUCUCCUCACGACAGCGCCUUUGGGAAGAACUCGUCGACAUCGAGCUCGACAAGUACGUGCAAGGCGUGGGCGACGUGGACGGCCUGCAGCCCCUGCAAGAUUGGCUCGUCGCCAUCGCCAACGAUCAAAUCGCCUGCAUCGACGACGGUGAGGACGAGGCACAGACGGGCGGCUCAUACCUUUCCCGCUUCAGCCGCGAUGCGCUGCCCCUCGCGUCGCCUCAGUACUCAGCGGCGGCAGCGCAGCAGAUCGAUUUGCUGCGUGACGGCUACGUCGACCUGGGCACGCACUGUCUCACCGUCUUCGUGCGGCUCAUCUUCGACGUCGACUUCCGCACCAUCCUGCCCGAGUUCUUCACGCCGACCUGGUACUCGCAGAAGCGCGUCGGCCAGAUCGUGUCGACGUUCCAGGACUACCUCAACGACUACGACGCGGUCCUGCACCCGUCGCUGCGCGACGUGCUCGUCGAGGAGCUCGCCGACGAGCUGCUGUCGCGCUACCUGGCCGCCGUGCGCAACAAGGGCGCCAAGUUCCGCCGCACCGACCCGUACGUCGAGAAGAUCCGCGACGACGUGCUCGCCGUCUUCGACUUCUUCGGCCAGUUCGAGACGGUCGGCCCGGACAUCCGCCAGAAGUGGCGCGUCGUCGAGAAGUUCGUCCAGCUGCUCGACGCCGACAAGCACGCCGUCGCCGAGGUCUUUGCCCAGUUCAAGAUGGAGUACUGGGACGUCAACGUCGGCUGGGUCGAGGCCGUGCUGCGCGCCCGCGACGACUCGGACCGCAGCAUGAUCCGCGAGGUCAAGGCCCGCGCCGGCCAGGUCGAGGUCGAGCGUGGUGUCGAGACCAUCAUGAGCAAGGUUAAAUGA